AAUAUUGUGGCCUACGAUCACACGAGGGUUGUCCUCAAGCCGUUGAGCACUCAGAAGAAGAGUGGCAUCGACUAUAUUAACGCCAAUUAUAUCGAUGGUUAUGGCAAAUCUCAGGCAUACAUCGGAACUCAAGGCCCCCUCCCCUCCACGUUUGACGACUACUGGCGAAUGAUUUGGGAGCAACGCGUCUGCAUUAUUGUAAUGAUAACUAAUCUAAUGGAAAGGGGAAGACUUUUGUCGCGAAAUGUCAAAUGA